CCGAAGAAGAAGAACGUCCACUACAAUGUGAAAACAUAAGUGGGUGGUGGGACUUAUAUUCGCAAACUAGGAAGUGUCCGUUUGACAGCAGCCAGCGAGCAGCAACCGUGACUUGUCAGUUUUAUUAUCUCUGUAAACACUGCAAGAGAAAAAUGAGCUUCAUAGUUAACUUAAUCUACGGUAGCAUUCAACGCUUUGUUGACAUACUCCGGUGGAUCUUUCGCGUAAAGAAAAUACCUGCCAUAACACUUGAGGAUCCCAAUGUGAAGUAUCCAUUACGGCUGGUUGACAAAGAGAUUAUUAGCCAUGACACAAGGAAGUUUCGAUUUGCUCUAAAAUCACCAGAUCAUGUUCUUGGACUCCCCGUAGGCCAACACAUCUAUCUAUCUGCCAAGAUAGAUGGCAACCUUGUGGUGAGGCCAUACACCCCUGUUUCAAGUGAUGAUGACAAGGGCUUUGUUGAUCUGGUUGUGAAGAUCUACUACAAAAACAUCCAUCCAAAGUUCCCUGAGGGUGGGAAGAUGUCCCAAUAUGUGGAGAGUCUUCGUAUUGGUGACACAAUUGAUUUCAGAGGGCCAAGUGGACUGCUGGUUUACGGAGGCAGAGGAUCAUUUGCAAUCAGGCCUGAUAAGAAAUCACCCCCUGUGAUUAAAACUGCAAAGCAUGUUGGCAUGAUCGCUGGUGGCACAGGCAUCACACCUAUGCUUCAAAUAAUUCAAGCUGUCAUGAAAGAUCCGAUGGACAAGACUGUUUGUUACCUACUUUUUGCAAACCAGACAGAAAAAGACAUUCUUCUACGGCCUGAGUUAGAAGAGAUCAUGGCCAAUCACCCGACACGAUUCAAGCUGUGGUUCACCCUUGACAGGGCUCCAGAAGGUUGGGGGUACAGCCAAGGCUUUAUCAGUGAGGACAUGGUGAAGGACCAUCUUCCUCCAACUGGAGAUGACACACUCAUCCUCAUGUGUGGACCUCCUCCUAUGAUCCAGUUUGCCUGCUACCCCAACCUGGACAAGGUGGGCCAUUCCAUUGACAGGCGCUUCACCUUCUAGAAGGGUCUCACCUUUUUCAUCUAAAACCAUGAAAGUGAAGCUUCGCUCAAAAUUGUAAUUAUGCAACCACCUGCAAGAUGCACGUAUAGCUCUCAUAUUCCAAAUUCACCUUAACCGGAAAGGUCAAAGGAUCUAUAACAAUAAAAAGAUAUACCUUUACCUUUCUAGUCUAUAUGCUGAAAAUAAAUGCACUUUUCAUAUUUGCCAAAAUAAGUUGAAGAAACUUAUGUUUUGUGUCUUAUGCAAACAAAAAGUGCAGCAUACAUAAUUUCAGCAGAUAUCUCUGUAAAUCAUCAUUAAACAUGUACCAAGAUUUUUUACUUGCCUUUUGUUUAACACAAGCAGGACUGAUUUAUGUUUUGUUUGAGCAUCCAUGGAUGUUGGUGUUGGGUAAUACUUUACAGUGUGUGCAAUCACACUGUACCAUGCAUGGACACUAAAGUGAGACCUGGUGUUGCAUAAAUUACAUUCAUUUGUCUAGACAAUUCAUUGCACUUUGCUAAAAAAAUGGUUAGUUAUAUAUGAGGGUGAGUCAUUUAUAAUCAUUUCUAAACCUGUAUGACUUUAUUUCUUCAUGUUAGUCUCAGUCACCUUUUGAUUAUUUUUUUCCAUACAAUGAAAGUGAAUGGUGACUGAGAUUUUUAUUCUGCCUAACAUCUCCUUUUGCAUUCCACAGAGGAUAGAAAGACAUAUGGGUUUAGAACAACAUGAGGGUGAAUAGACUUAAAACAGAAAUCAGAUAUUUUUCUACCUGCUUUUAGUAUCUUGAGUGCCUUACUUUCAUGUGCCAUGUUUUAAGGCCUAUUUAUGUUUCAGUUGAAGGUCCUUGACUCUAUAAAUGCCAUAUCCAGGCAUUUUUAAAAUGCUAUUAUUAUUAUUAUUACUGGUUUGCAGUUUAUAGAGUAUAUGUGGCCUAACAAUACUCCUGCAAUUGUGCAUUGACUAAUAAAAAUCUAUUCUUUA